AUGAUAUCUCCCAUACUCUUCACAACCUUGGCUCUAGCUAGUCUUGGUGCCGCCAAGAACAUCAAAGUCGAAGAAACCCAUGUCCUCCCCAAUGGCUGGGAAAAGGUCAACCAGGCUGUUGAUCCCAGUCAUGUUCUGCGACUCUCUAUAGCUUUGCGACAGCCCGACAUCGAUAACCUCAAGACCGGACUACGAAAACGCGAUGCUGCAUCUGGGCAGUAUAUCCAGCGUCAUCUCUGCCAGCAGGAAGCCCUCGCUCUCCGAACCCCAGACAAGAAGGAUGUCGACAAGGUACUGACUUGGUUAAAGAGCAAAGGCGCAGCGGCAAAGGCCACUCCUGACAAGGAUUGGAUUCAUGUCAAGACCACCGUUAAAGAUGCUCAAGAUCUCCUCGACGCCAAGAUUGGCUUCUACCAGUUCGCCGACCAGGAGCCCGUUCUUCGAACAAGGGAUUACUCACUGCCGGAAUCGCUAGUCGACUCCAUCAGCUUCAUUCAUCCUAUCGCCAACUUCAUGCGCCCCGUCAAGGAACUUACCACUCCCGACCCAGACUUUACACCAAGCAUGCUCAAGAGCCUGCAGCUGGACAAGCGUGCCAGCAUCCCUUGCGGCCGAGCCAUCAAGCCUGACUGCCUUCGUGAGCAGUUCAACAUCACUUACCCUGCCUACAAUGGCACCUCCCCCAUCCGCUUUGGUAUCGCCGGCUUCCUCGAAGAGUACGCCAAUUAUGAAGAUGCCCAGGAUUUCCUGAGGAUCUAUGCGAAGCCGCUUUAUGAAGCCCGUUACAACUUCUCAGUUCAGUUGAUCAACGGUGCCAACAAUUCGCAAGACCUCUUCGAUUCCGGGAACGAGGCAGCUCUGGAUGUGCAGUACGCCAUGGCCCUUGGCUAUCCCACCAACAUCACAUACUAUCUCGCCGACGGCCGUGGUCCUACGUUGGACGAUGAUGGCGAGCAAGUAUCUGAGGAGUACAACGACAACGAACCUUACAUCGAGUUUCUCGACUACCUCCUUGACCUCUCCGACGAUGAGGUCCCCCACGUGCUCUCUGUCUCCUAUGGUGACAACGAGGUUUCGGUUCCCCGCAAGUACGCUGAGCGUGUUUGCUCCAUGUUUGGUCUUCUGACAGCUCGUGGUACAACCAUCUUGGCAGCCUCUGGAGACGGAGGUGCAAAGGGUUCAAGUAACUCGACUUGCCGCACCAACGACGGUAGCCACAAGGAUGUCACCAUGGCCGUCUUUCCCGCAACUUGCCCUUGGGUCACAAGCGUCGGUGGUGUAGCAGCUGGAGCUGCGCCUUUCGAAGGUGCCGAGUUCAGUGGUGGUGGUUUCUCGCAGUACUUCCCCCGCGAGAAGUGGCAGGAGUCUUCUAUUAAGAGCUACGUCAAGACCCUCGACGGUCACCUCGAUGGAAACUACAAUGCCAGCAACCGAGGAGUUCCCGAUAUUUCUAUGCCGGCUACUAGCUACAUUACUCGACUCAAGGGGCAGCAGGUUGCGCUUCGAGGUACCAGCGCCAGUACACCUGUGAUGGCAGCCAUGAUUGCUCUCAUCAACGAUGCACGUGUGCGUAAGGGCAAGGAUGUGCUGGGCUGGAUCAACGAGGUCCUUUACUCAGAAAAGGUACAGGCAGCUCUUUCAGACGUUACUGCGGGAGAAAGCAGGCCAUGCGAUUUCGAAAAAGGCCAUAGCCCUGCUGGCUGGCCGGCAGCAAAGGGUUGGGACGCCAUCACAGGCCUGGGAGUUCCAGCUGAUUUCCAGAAGCUGUUUGAUGUGCUGGUGGCUAUUUAA